AUGGAAAUGACCAGAGGAACCUCAGAGGAACCUCAGAGGAACCUCAGAGGAACCUCAGAGGAGCCUCAGAGGAACCUCAGAGGAACCUCAGAGGAACCUCAGAGGAACCUCAGAGGAACCUCAGAGGAGCCUCAGAGGAACCUCAGAGGAACCUCAGAGGAACCUCAGAGGAACCUCAGAGGAACCUCAGAGGAACCUCAGAGGAACCUCAGAGGAACCUCAGAGGAACCUCAGAGGAGCCUCAGAGGAACCUCAGAGGAACCUCAGAGGAACCUCAGAGGAACCUCAGAGGAACCUCAGAGGAACCUCAGAGGAACCUCAGAGGAACCUCAGAGGAACCUCAGAGGAGCCUCAGAGGAACCUCAGAGGAACCUCAGAGGAGCCUUUGCUCUACUGGAUGGAUUUUAUUUCAUGUUUAAAACAUCUCAAUACUGA